GCUCCUUUAAGCGUCCACAGGCGGCGGAGCGGCCACAAUCACAGCUCCGGGCAUUGGGGGAGCCCGAGCCGGCUGUGCCGGGGGAAUCCGUGCGGGCGCCUUCCGUCCCAGUCCCAUCCUCGCCGCGCUCCCGUACCCUUGAAGUUUUGCAGCGCCCCAGAAAGGAGGCGAGGGAAGAGGGAGCGUGAGAGGAGAGGGAGCAAAAAGCACACCUAAAACAUUUAUUUCAAGGAGAGAAGAAAAAGGGGGGCGCAAAAAUGGCUGGGGCAAUUAUAGAAAACAUGAGCACCAAGAAGCUGUGCAUUGUUGGUGGGAUUCUGUUCGUGUUCCAAAUCAUCGCCUUUCUGGUGGGAGGCUUGAUUGUCAGCACCCGGAGGGCAACGUAAUCGACUUUAGUGAGAACAACAGAAGAGUCAGGGAACUGCGCCCGGCGCAAACCCGGAGCCGUGUUGCGGGGCUGGAUCGUUGCAUGCGUAAACGCGUAUGGUCGUCUCGGCUAGGCGCUCCAGGACCCACGACAGCAGUGUCCUACAUGUCCGUGAAAUGUGUGGAUGUCCGUAAAAACCAUCACAAGACAAAAUGGUUAAUGCCUUGGGGACCCAACCACUGCGACAAGAUCCGAGGCAUCGAGGAAGCGAUUCCAAGGGAAAUUGAAGCCAACGACAUUGUCUUUUCUGUCCACAUUCCCCUCCCCUCCAGGGAGAUGAGUCCUUGGUUCCAGUUCAUGCUGUUUAUCCUGCAGCUGGAUAUCGCGUUCAAGUUGAACAACCAGAUCAGAGAAAAUGCAGAAGUUUCCAUGGACGUUUCCCUGGCUUACCGUGAUGAUAUGCUUGCUGAAUGGACUGAAAUGGCCCACGAGAGAGUGCCCCGGAAACUCAAAUGUACCUUCACGUCCCCCAAGACCUCCGAGCAUGAGGGCCGUUACUAUGAAUGUGAUGUCCUCCCUUUCAUGGAAAUCGGGUCUGUGGCUCAUAAGUACUACCUUCUAAACAUCCGGCUGCCUGUAAAUGAGAAGAAGAAAAUCAACGUUGGAAUUGGGGAGAUAAAGGAUAUUCGACUGGUGGGAAUCCACCAAAACGGAGGCUUCACCAAGGUGUGGUUCGCCAUGAAGACCUUCCUCACGCCCAGCAUCCUCAUCAUCACGGUGUGGUACUGGAGGAGGAUCGUCAUGAUGGCCCGCCCCCCGGUGCUUCUAGAAAAAGUCAUCUUUGCCCUUGGGAUUUCCAUGACUUUUAUUAAUAUCCCAGUGGAAUGGUUUUCCAUUGGGUUUGACUGGACCUGGAUGCUGCUGUUUGGUGACAUCCGACAGGGCAUCUUCUAUGCAAUGCUUCUCUCCUUCUGGAUCAUCUUCUGUGGCGAGCACAUGAUGGAUCAACAUGAGCGGAAUCACAUAGCAGGGUAUUGGAAGCAAGUCGGACCAAUUGCUAUCGGCUCUUUCUGCCUCUUCAUAUUCGACAUGUGUGAGAGAGGGGUACAACUCACGAAUCCUUUCUACAGUAUCUGGACUACAGAUGUGGGGACAGAGCUGGCUAUGGCCUUCAUCAUUGUGGCUGGGAUCUGUCUCUGCCUCUACUUCCUGUUUCUGUGCUUCAUGGUGUUUCAGGUGUUCCGAAACAUCAGUGGGAAGCAGUCCAGCUUGCCAGCCAUGAGCAAAGUCCGGCGGAUGCACUAUGAGGGGCUAAUUUUCAGGUUCAAGUUCCUCAUGCUCAUCACCCUGGCCUGUGCUGCCAUGACUGUCAUUUUCUUCAUUGUUAGUCAGGUGACUGAAGGCCAUUGGAAGUGGGGUGGUGUCACAGUCCAAGUGAACAGCGCCUUUUUCACCGGCAUCUAUGGGAUGUGGAACCUGUACGUCUUUGCCUUGAUGUUCUUGUAUGCACCAUCCCAUAAGAACUAUGGGGACGACCAGUCCAAUGGUGAUCUGGGUGUCCACAGUGGGGAAGAACUGCAGCUCACCACUACUAUCACCCACGUGGAUGGACCCACUGAGAUCUACAAGUUGACACGCAAGGAUGCCCAGGAGUAGGAGGGGGCAGCACCUGGCUGGGACCGGCCCCCACAUCGCAACCCCUCUGACGGGAGUGGGGGGGCAUGCCAGAGAGAGCUCAAUGUGCAAACAAAUGCUCGUGUCUCAGAGCUGGGGUUUCUUGAACCAGCUGUCAGUUUGCCUCCUGAGCGUAGCUCUUAGAGAAGGAUUAUUACAGCCACUAAUGCAUUGUGUAUGGUAAGGAAGCCUCUGGUAUGACACAUUUUCUGUGAUCAUUGUUAAUUAGUGACAUAGUAACAUCUGUAGCAGGUGGUUAGUAAACCUCAUGUGUUGGGGGUGGACUCCUGGGGGGAUGGUUUGGGCCAGAUGGGGUCUGUGUGGAUUGGAAUAUUUGCCUUUUUUUCCCUGUUUUAGGUUCUAGGAGAGAUUUUAACAUCCUCUGCAGUCCAAGAUAGGCUGAUGUCAUAGACUUCUGACUCCUAAUCCAUGACCACUUUUUUUUUUCCUAUUUAUAUCACCAAGUAGCCUAUUGUGUUAAUAUUUAAGUUGUUGAUAGAUAUGUAUCCCUAUUUUUUAUGGCAUAAUAUAAAAUAACUGAAUUUCAUGAGAACGUCUAUUGCACCAGGGGCAUUUCAGCUUUGAAACCAAAUCUGUAUAUCCAAUGCUAACCAGUCUGUUGGAUGUGGGUUUUAAAGAAAUGUUUGCUGAACUACCCAAGUAGGGUUUAUUGUAUUAAAUGACCUUUGGGUCUGAAAAGCCUUUUUAACCUUUUGCUUAAAAUGUGUUUUCUUUUGAUAAGAUGCUUCAAACAGCCUCCAAGCGUGUAGAUGCGAUCAUUUAAAUAAACCUGUAUGUACAUGCA